GGGGGGGGGGUGGAAGAACAAGAAGAAGCAAGAGAAGAGAAGAGAAGAGAAAGGAAGGAAGAGGAAGAGAGGAAGGAAAAGGAAAGGAGAGGGGAAAGACAAGAGGUGGAAGAGGAGGAGGAGGAGGAGGAGGUGGUGGUGGUGGUGGAGGUGGAGGCCAUAUAAGGAGAUGUAGGACGGUGUGAAGGAUAGUGCAGACAGACUUUCGAGCUUCACCUGCUGGCCGGUCUCCUCUCUCUCGCUCCUUCCUUCUCCCGCCUCCUGUUGCUCCCAGUGUUCGGGACUCCUGCCUCCCGCUCGCUAUUUCUCUCGCUCUCGCUCGCUCUCAGUCUGCUGCCUUCUGCCUGCUUCUGCCUGCGUGUGCCUGCCUGCCUGCCUGCCAGCGUCCUGUGCACCAGCACCCCUCCCCGGCAAGUCUCUGUAGAUUUCAUGGUUGAGAAGGAGGAGUUCAAGGGAUCGAAGAUGGAUCGUAGAGCUUCACGAUUCAAACGAAUCUGUGUCUUCUGUGGAAGCAGUAAUGGGAAGAAGACACUGUACCGCAAUGUAGCUCUGGAUCUGGGCAAGGAAAUGGUGAAGCGCAAAAUUGAUCUGGUUUAUGGAGGAGGAAGCGUCGGUUUGAUGGGCCAGAUUGCGCACACAGUCCACGACGGAGGCGGUCAUGUCAUUGGUGUUAUUCCGAAGGCGCUCAUGCCUCAGGAGAUAUCUGGACACACUGUAGGAGAACUGCGUGCAGUGUCUGACAUGCAUGAACGUAAAGCUGAAAUGGCACGCCAAGCCGAUGCUUUCAUAGCGCUUCCAGGUGGGUAUGGAACAUUGGAGGAGCUGCUUGAAAUGAUCACAUGGGUACAAUUAGGAAUUCACGACAAACCGGUAGGGUUGUUGAACGUAGAUGGAUACUACAACUCACUCCUAGCCCUAUUCGACAAAGCUGUUGAGGAGGGCUUCCUCAAACUCUCUGCCAGGAACAUUCUCCUUUCUGCUCCGACUGCACGUGAGCUCCUCGAGAAGUUCGAGGAAUACGAGCCCACGCACGAGCGCAUUGUGGCCCGAGGGAGCUGGGAGGUGGACAUGCACGGGGAGAUGCGGGCGAUGGAGAACUUGGGCUUCAACGCCGCAGUGAACUGCUGACACCGCGAUGAGUAGAUAGUAUAUUUGAGUUUUUGGCCGUGUACCCAUUCAAUCUGCGCCCAGCCUCACUCUCCUCAAAAAGAUUAUGUGCAUAGGUUUUGUUUGGGUGUUGUGGACAAGGGUUUGAAAUGAUUGAAUUACGGGCGUUUACCUUUUAAAUUUGUGUCAAGCCGAAUUGACAAUAAGAACAACUUGUACA